AUGGACUUCAACGCGCCGCCGCCACGUUCCAGCAAAGUGCCCAAAGCUCUAGCCAGCAUGCGCAAGGUCAUGGAGGAUGAAAAGGCGAUGGCAGAGAUCAAGGAGUUGAGUACCGGACUGUUGUUCUAUGACCCGGCAGGUCCUUCGACACGCAAGAGGCGUGAGACCGCUCGUGUCAUCUUCGAAGGCUACUGCGAGCAAGUGUUAGGAAGAGACGGACUUGCACCAACCGAGAUGUACAAUAAGGAGACGAUUAUCGAGCGCACCUACGAAACCAUCAUGUUGUUGGCGGUCACAGCUGAAGGCAAGAUUGGCGCCAAGCCAAAAGCAGGCGUUCUGUACCAAUACAAAGAAGCGUUGUACUGCAUUUUCGUCCAGUGGCAUAACAUGGCCAACGCCGCCGUGCACAAGGCUGCUAUUACGCAUGGCUUCGAGACAGAGUGGCGUGAGAAGACAAAGCUCACCGUCGAGGAACUGGAGCUGUUCUGGAAUCAAAUCUCGAAGUUCACCACAGGUCGAGAGAACUGGAAGCAACAUUACACCAUCUGGAUCCUUGUGUUCAUGACUGCUGUUCGACCUGGUAGCCUGACUGUCUGCUACGGAUACGAGAAAGGCACACUUCUUGCAGUCGGUGGAAACGUAACGAGAGAGUCCGAUGAGACGCUCCGCUGGUCUGAUAUUGAGUUUUUCCGCGCACCGGGCGGCCUUGGCCUUAAGAUCAUGUUCAGAUACCUCAAAGGAUACCGAGACCCGCAGAGGAAGAAGCAGAUGGUCUCUGGCAAGCGCACAUUCACCUUCCUGCCCAUCAACAGCAGUCGCUACUUUCUCGAUCUCACACUGCUACUGACAGGUCUCGCCUUCUCUCGCGGGCUGUUCAAGUACGAAAGCCUGGAAGCAUUGUACGGUGGCCAAGAGAAAGUACUGGAGCUAGAUGAAGAGGUGAAGAAGCAAGCCGUAUUCGUCGCGUCUGGCCAAGACACCAAGCUACAGGUUGACAAGGCGCUACACGAGAGCGGACUCAAUCCCAAAUUGCAGGAGAUGUGCGAAGCAGUUGGACUGUUUCAGAGGAAUACGAUGUACUCUCUGCGUCGCACUGCAAUUACCGAAGUGAGGCGCAAGCAUGGCACAGAGAUGGCACAGGAGCUCGCGGUCCACAUUCCUGGCGGCAAAAGUCUCUACGCUUACGACGACGAGACACUCCAGGACAUCGAUCUUGCCAAUGACCGACUCAACCUACAAACGAUGACCCGAGCUGAGAUUCGCCGUAUGUUUUCUCAGAGCAACAUGGCCCGGGUGAAGUUUGAUGACAGCAUCAUGCUGACUGGACCCUCAGCCCAGUCUUUGCAAGAGAGCUUGAGGGCAGAAAGCAUCCGUCGGGCUCGAGCUGAUCCGCAAUACGAAGCCGCGGAGGACGCUGUCCGCCAGCACUGCGCCCAAAUUACACAGCUGCUUGGAACGCUUGGUGUCGAUACCGCCCUUUUCACAACCGAACAACUCUACAAGGAUCACCUCCGUGAGUAUGAAGCUGUGAAUGCUGAGUGCGGCCCUCUCAUUGCUGGCCUGGAGAAACUUCAAUCGACCCGUUUGCUCCUCCUCCGCCAGUUGAAGGAAAGGCAUCGAGCCGAUAUUAAGAAGGAAAUGCUCGAGCACGCGAAGAAGGCCCAGAAAGUCGCAGCAACUGCCGGCAAGACUGGUGCCCGUGGGCGCACGGAAGCGGAACCGCUUAGCGAGAAGAUUGCCAGCAUCGAAGACCCUACGCAACAAGCUGAGAGAGCAGUCGUUGCUGUUGAAAGUCUCACUGAUCCUGCCGCCAACGAGGAAGAAGACAAUGAAGGCCUCGAGUCUGACGACGAGCGGAUGGAUCACACACAUGGUGAGCCCAUGCAGUGGGAGAACCUUCCGGACGCACUCACUGUCGUUGUCGAGCCGGAUGAGGGCGAAUCUCCUCCGACUGCAGAGGGCCGCUUCCGCUUCGUCAAAGCAUUCCUUGAGAUGCAGUCCGCGCAGACAUCGGGCUUGACUUGCUUGCCGUGUAAGCUGGACGAAACCGUACCGUACGAGAUGAAGACGAAGACAUACACUCGCAGCAAGCUCGACACCCAUCUGAAGUCGGGCUACCAUAUGAGGGCCACGCAGCUGCAGAGAGCUUGGGUGAUUGACUACGGUAAAGGCAAGUCUAAGGGCGAGUGCCCGUUGUGCGGUAAAAUGUGCACAGCUGCGAAUUGGAUCAAACAUGUUGAUGAAAACCACGAUGAGCAAUUUGCAGAUUGA